GCAUUUACGAGUUAAAAUGUUCUUAAACGAAAUUUUGAAGCUAUGGAUUAAGAUUAAAUAAUCAAAGUAUCCGAGGAUUUAUUUAUUUGUGGCCAUAGGCAUUUUAUGACCUAAAAAGAAUAAUCAACACAAACCGACCAAGCAUUGUAUGACCUAACAAUUUUUUCUAAUUCAAGGCAAAUCUGAUCCCUAUAUCCCAUCGAAGAAGGUACUAGAAGAACCGCGUCAGACACUCUCCCUCUGCUUUUUUCUCUUAAAAGGGUCAGAGAUAAACCCCAAGUCUCAAAAUCCCAUACCCACUCAAAGAAAAAUCCGACAAUGGAUGCGGCGAAAUUGAACGAGCUGAAGAAGUUCAUCGAUCAGUGCAAAUCCAAUCCUUCCAUUCUCUCCGACCCUUCCCUCUCCUUCUUCCGCGACUAUCUCGAAAGUCUCGGAGCAAAGCUCCCGUCCUCCGCUUACGGCCAUGGAGCCAGCGACUCCAAAUCGAAGAGUUACGUGGUGGAGGAAAGUGACGAGGAACUGGCGGAUGAUGGGGAGAAAAUUAAUGUAGAAGAAGAAGAGGAGGAGGAAGAUGAGAUUAUAGAAUCGGAUGUCGAGCUUGAAGACGACACCGUUGAGCCUGAUAAUGAUCCUCCGCAAAAGAUGGGAGACCCUUCCGUGGGGGUUACCGACGAGAACCGUGACGCAUCGCAAUCAGCUAAAGCCAAAGCCAUGGAUGCCAUUUCUGAAGGGAAGUUAGAGGAAGCUAUUGAGAGUCUGACACAGGCAAUUUUACUGAAUCCGACAUCGGCUAUCAUGUAUGCCACACGAGCUAGUGUUUACAUCAAGAUGAAAAAACCCAAUGCUGCUAUUCGAGAUGCCAAUGCUGCUUUGGAGAUUAACCCAGAUUCUGCUAAGGGCUACAAAUCUCGUGGCAUUGCACGAGCAAUGCUUGGUCAAUGGGAAGAUGCUGUGAAGGAUCUGCACCUGGCAUCAAAGUUGGAUUAUGAUGAGGAAAUAAACAAUGUGCUUAAGAAGGUUGAACCCAAUGCACACCGCAUUGAGGAACACCGUAGGAAGUAUGAUAGAUUGCGCAAAGAGAGAGAAGAUAGAAAGAUUGAGUGUGAGAGACGCCGUCGUCAUGCUCAAGCUCAGGCUGCAUAUGAGAAGGCAAAGAAGCAGGAGCAAUCAUCCUCCAGUAGAAAACCUGGAGGCAUGCCUGGUGGGUUUCCGGGUGGAAUGCCUGGAGGAAUGCCUGGUGGUUUCCCUGGUAGCAUGCCGGGUGGGAUGCCUGGAAAUGUUGAUUUUAGCAAAAUAUUGAAUGAUCCUGAAUUGAUGGCAGCAUUUAGUGAUCCAGAAGUUAUGGCUGCUCUUCAAGAUGUAAUGAAGAACCCUGCUAAUCUUGCAAAGCAUCAAGCGAAUCCCAAGGUGGCUCCUGUAAUUGCAAAGAUGAUGAGCAAAUUUCCAGGACCUAAGUAAAUAGUUUUUCAAUUUGGUGUCGCUUAUUGGGAAAUGCUAAUGUUGUGUUCAUUUGAAGGAAACAGUGUUUAGUUUUAACUUCUCGCUUACAGUGCCCAUGAUGGUUGUUUUUCGAAUUUGUUUUAGAGUUUGGAACAUUUUGUUUUCUGGUUUGUUCUAAUAAAAAAAAAAAUUGAUUGCAAAUUAAUUGAUGAAUAU